AUGGCAGGUUCAGCAAAAACUACGUCUAGCUAUCCAGGAUCAACAAAUUUUGAUACUCAAAGUGAAGUUAAUUUUAGUACAACAUAUCCUUUACGAUCCUUAUCACCGGAAGAUAUUCAAAAAAUGAAAUAUAAAAUUGAUCUUGAUAAGCAAGUGGCUGAAAAAAAACAACGUCGUGUUCGUGAAUGGGAAACCAAAAUUGAACGAGAGAAAAAAUAUGUUCGACAUCAACCAUUUGGAAAACACGACAACACUACUAUUAUUAAUCAACAAGAUUUAGAAGAGAUUUUAACAAAAGGUCGUGCACCUUCACCAUCCUUAGAUAUGCCACAACAAUUACCAGUUAAUUAUCCACAAUCACACAUAUCUAAUGAAAAUAAUAUGUAUGGUUCAUCCCAACAGCCAACAUAUAAUAAUUCUCCUCCUUAUACAAACUAUUCAAAUACGCAAACACAACCUCCAUAUCCAGAUAAAAACGAUUCUGAAAACAAUAAUUAUAAUUUUCAACGUUUUUAUGGACCAAAUACAAAUGCUAAUGAAACUCCAAAACAAGUUUCAUCAUCAAAUGGUACUGCUCAACCCAUUAAAGGCGAUGCACAUGAUCCAUUUCUUUUAUUUGAUCCAAAUAAAGAAGGUCAAAAUGUCUUUAAUAUUAUUCCUCAACAAGAUUUAUAUGAUCCAUGGGGACGACCAGGUGGCGGUGCUCCUUUAAUUCAUCAACCAACUGGACAAAAAUUUACUAGAUAUUCGGGUAGUUUACAAGAUAAAUUAAAUACAACUGGACCAUUAGGUUUUCAUCGAAGACAAUAUUCUGGUAAUAUUGAUGAACAAAAACGUGAUCUUGAAGUAGAACAAAGACGUCGACAACAUGAACAAAUGGAACAUCGAUCAAAUGCUGGUGAUACUGCUGAAUGGAUUUCACAACUUGAAAGUAGUCGUUAUCCAUUAAGAUUACAUUUACCAACAACACAAACAACUCGAGAAUAUAUUGGUGCACGUGAUCGAUAUCGAGCUGAAGAAAGUCGUUCAUUACAUAAUGAUCUUGUUCGACAAGCUGAAGAACGAUAUCGAAAUCAACAAAUAAAUCGAUAUCAAAAUAGUAUUGCUGAAUUACAACAUACCGAAGCACAAAAUAGUUGGUGGGGUAAAAGUGGUGGUGGUGCACCAGCAAGGACAAAUCGGCGACAUAAUGUUCAAAAUACAUUGGAAAAUCCUCGACAAAAAUGGACAACAAAUCAUCUUGGUCAAUUAGUAGCAGCUGAAGAUGACGGACCAGGUCAAUUAAAAUAUCAUGACUCAGAUUAUUAUUAUCCAAAAGUAAAAGGUUUUUCCAGUCAUCGAAAUUAUUAUCAAAUAAAAGAUGAUGCAAGACCUUGA